AUUGUAUGCAGUCGACUAGCGUGACUUCAUACGAGCAGUUCGCGGCGGAUUUCCUCCCGCGAUUUUUCCCCCCGAUGAUAAACUUUUUUUAUCUUUGAUUUCAAAGAAACCUUUGAUAAAUAUACAUUCUUUUUUUUUUGCUGUUUAUUUUAACAAACAAGCUAAAAUACUACAGCAAACACGUGGCAAUAAUGCUAUCAUCGACAAAACAAAUACGUGAACAACCGAUACUUUUAAAUUUAUCUCCAUCAAAUACUUUUAAAUCCUGCGAAAUCGUUACAUUCACUCCUACAGAUCUUUGACACAAACGUUAAAUGACUUGUCAUCAGGAGAAAAAAUUUUAAGUCAUUUUUUUUUUGUUGUUUUAUUAGAAACAAUAUUUAUUAAGAGGCCUUGUUACUCUUAGUUAUCGAGUACAAAGUUGUUGAUUAAAAUAAAUUACUAAGGUGAAGGAAACCUUCAGUGCCUGCAGAAAGUUAAAAUAUUACUUGGUUAUUUUUCGUUCAAUUGUAUCAAUUAUUUAUAUGCUUUUCGUGGGCGUAUUAAACGUGUAAUUUCAAGUGCCCAGUAUAAUUGCCAUGAAGACCGUCAUAAAGUUCUCGUGUCUACCAUUGAUUUAACCGGAAAUAUAAUGCUCGAGUGAGAAUUGAAGAAAAGUAAAAAGAAAAAGAAAGCAUUGAAAUUGAGUUAUGCCGGACAAAAAUACCGGAAGUCGAGAUGGGCAACGAGACAAGAAGUUCUUUGUGGACGAAAUAUCAUCGAUUGGUAUGUCACUUCGACCAAGUGGCAGUUCCUCUUCUGGCAUUUCGAGUCUUGCUAGCUGUGGUGAAGUGGGAGCCUUACCGGAGUUGCCACCUCAAGAUGAGGAACGUUUACAACGAGCUGCACGCUUGUUGCAACAACGACUGGUGCUUCGACAGUGGUUGAGUGAUCACGGUCUAAGUGCUUAUUACCAAAAGCUAAUGCAGAUUGAUGUCUUAUCCUUGGAAGAUGUAUACUGGGUUGAAGAUAAUGAGGCUCGUUCCGCUCUUGGGAAAGAUCUUCCCCGGUGGAUUCAAGCUCGACAAACUUUGCCGACGUCAAAAGAUGACCUUGAGGCACUUAAGGCCGAUCUUUGGAGCUCUGUUGUCAAAAACAGCCAACAUCAGGAUGCUUGGACAUGGGGGGGAAUGCUCGUAGUAUCUGUAUCAGUUGCGGGGUUGGUUACCCUUGCAGCUAUGACUCAACCUGCUUUGGCUCCUGAGGCAAAACAUUCACUGCUUCAAUAUGUUACGGGGAAAUAUUUACUUCCAAGUAACUGUCGAGUCCACUUCGAAUGGGAAGAACCUCAGCUAGUCGGAGAAACUAUGACAUUUACUGUUAAAUUUUAUCAACGUAACGGUCAGCCAUAUCCAAUCUGUGACAAAGACAAUCUUAUAGUGGAUGUAUCUGAAGGAACAAGAAGAGUAGCUACCCUGAUAGAUUUAGGUGGAACAGAUCCUUUGGCAGCGAAUACUGCCGUCGUCAAAUUUACAGUUCGUCAUGCUGGACAAUACCGAAUCGCUGUGUUGAUUGGAUCCUGUCAUGUUCACGGCAGCCCAUUUCUCAAGAAUUUUCUUCCUGGACCUCCCGAUCCCAAUAAAACGGUAUUUGUUCGUCAAAGUUCGACUGUCGUAUGCACUGCUGGAAUUGCACAUUCGAUGACAAUAGAACCCAGGGAUGAAUACGAUAAUUUGUGUAUAUUUAGUGCUGAAGACCAUCCUACUGACGGUUACAACGUCAAUAUUACUCAGAUUGGUUGUAUAGAAGAAGGCCAAGUCGUGCUUUGUAAUAUCCAGCUUGAAUACGAUCAACCAAACCAGAGGAUUCGAUUAAAAGUUGGGUUUCCAAAAGGCGGAUGUUAUCAUGCAACAGUCAGUUUAGCUGGAUUACAACUACAUAAUGGGGAUUUUGAUAUUAUUGUUCUCGAAAGCCCAGUGGCAAGAAUGGUUCACAAUAAUGUAGCAUCAAAGGAUCCAGAUAUAUGUUAUGCAGCAAAACUGCUAGGAAUGCAAGGCGAACGAUUUUCAAAGCCGAAAAAAGUAUUCUGCUUCAUUUCACCCAAACAAUUGACGAUAAAAGAAUAUCUUUUAAAAUUUAUUCCAAAGCGUCUUGUUACAUUCAGACUUUGCCCAUCCACUAAAUUUCACUUUGAUAAUUUAAAUAAUGAAUACGAAGGAUACGAUUCUUUUUCUAUAGACGACGGCUGUCAGCCUCCGGUAGAAUUAAUUUCUCAUUACCGAGAUGUAAUUGCUGCGACGUUUACAUUAUUUUUAUUAAAGAAUAUCGGUGGUAGUGAAACGUUUGCUGAUAAGCAGGAUUUUUUUUAUCACGAAGUUAGAAAACAUCAUCAAAAACAUUACCAUGAAAAACUUACGAUAAAAGUGCAACGUGAAAAGCUCCUAGAAUCUUCGAUGAAAGCAACUAAAGGCUUUUCUGUAAGUGACUGGUGCAGAAAUUUUGAAAUUACAUUCCAAGGAGAGCAAGGAGUUGAUUGGGGUGGAGUGAGACGUGAAUGGUUUGAACUUAUUUGCGCGUCGUUAUUUGAUCCAGGGAAUGGAUUAUUUGCAUCAUUCGGAGAAUCUCAGCAAGCCUUAGUACAUCCCAAUAGUAAAAGACCUCCAAACCUGAAGCUUAAACAUUAUGAGUUUGCUGGGAGAAUAGUAGGUAAAUGUCUUUAUGAAUCAGCCUUAGGUGGUUCAUACCGUCAACUCGUUAGAGCGAGAUUUACUCGCUCAUUCCUCGCACAAAUAAUUGGUCUUAGAGUUCAUUAUAAGUAUUUCGAGCAAGAUGACCCGGAUUUAUAUUUGAGCAAAGUUAAAUACAUUUUGGAGAAUGACGUAGAGGAAAUGGAGCUUUACUUUGUUGAAGAGGAAUACGAUAAAGAUGGGCAAUUAAUAAAAGUUGCUGAGCUGAUACCUGGUGGAAGUAAAAUUCGAGUUACAAAUGAUACGAAAUUACGAUAUCUUGAUGCUUUAGCACAGCAUCGACUAGCUAGCUCAAUCAGAAAUGAGGUUGAUUCCUUUUUGCGUGGAUUAAAUGAACUCAUUCCUGAUAAUUUACUUGGAAUAUUUGAUGAAAAUGAAUUGGAGCUCUUGUUGUGUGGAACUGGCGAAUAUAGUGUAGCAGAUCUUCGUGCUCAUCACGUUGUGAAUGGUAGUUCACCUGAGUUCCUUCGUGUUCUUGACUGGUUCUGGACUGCAAUUAGCAACUUUACACAAGAGGAAAUGGCCAGAUUGCUCCAAUUUACUACAGGCUGUUCACAACUACCACCAGGGGGUUUUCAGCAAUUAAGUCCGCGCUUUCAAAUCACCGCGGCACCGACUUUUGCCAACCUUCCUACUGCUCAUACCUGCUUUAACCAGCUUUGUCUACCCGACUAUGAGUGUUAUGAUCACUUCGAACGUGCUCUCUUGCUGGCCAUUAGUGAAGGAACAGAAGGUUUCGGUAUGAUUUAAAAGAAUUUAACUAAUCACUGAAAUAAAACUAAACAUUCUAGUCUAUUGUUGAUUAUCAAGCAGUGCAAACUUGUGAAAUACUUAACUCAAUAGGAUACUAGUCAAAAUAUCAAGAAUGUUAUAAAUAAAAAAAUAAUCUCGUUCAACCUUCUUGAAAUUAGAAAAAAUGGUUCAAUGAUAUUUUACACAUGGGAUGUGCAACUAACUACUCGAGAGAUUAGUAUUGAUAAUUUUCUUCUGAAAAUUGCAAUAUUCACUAGCUUAUUGUGAUUUUUUCUCAUCUGAAACGAGUAUGAAUUUUUUGCUGUUUUUUUAUCGACUCGUUUCACUCAGUCAAUUUUGCAAUAAAUAUAAAGACAAUUUUAAGAUAGAUAGUUGUUAGAAAAAUUGCGUAGUGUAAUUUAAUAACAAAUUAUUAUGUCAUGUUACAGUAUUAUCAAUCAUGAAUAUGAGUGUACUUGAAAUCAGCUUUUGUAUUAUCGAUAUACUAUUUUAUAAAUUUUUUUUAUAAUUUUCGGAUUGUUUAUAAUUUAUUCCAAUAAAUCGUAUUGUGUUAUUUAAGUAUUAUUCUUGUAUCAAUAAUAUUAUUAGUAAUAAUCUAUUUAAUAUGUAUUAGUAAUCCAUUUAAUUAUUUUGAAAUAAUUAACAAUCAUAAUAAAUGAAAAUUGAAAAAACAUUUUUUAUAAUACCACAACACAAUAAAAUUAUCUCUGUGUAAUAGAAUUUGACCAUCAAAGAGCUUUUGUGCACUGUAAUUAUUCAAUAUUCAUAACGUAGACUAUAAUAAAUGAGAGUAAUUUUCAGUUAAUGGAAUUUUCUUUCCUCUUUUAUAUGAUUUUAGACUACUAUUAUGAAGAAAAAUAAUUGAAUGAAAAGAAACUAAAUAAACAACUAGAGAAUAUUACACAUUAUCACUUUAUCCAUAUUUUAAGAAAAUAUCUCAGUUAUAAUGUUUAUAGCUGAUUUCAAUGCUUUCAUUUUCAUGUUAUUCAUGCUUCUGUGAAUGCAUAUAGCAAUAUAAAAAAAUAAUAUUACUGUCUGUAUGACGAAUGGUUGUUGUUCUCAUAUUUUUUUACGUUUUUCUCCAGCGGGCAUUUCGUGCCCUAUAAAAGUGAAAAAUAUAAGUGACGUCAUUAAAAUAGACUAUGAUAGAAUGUUUUGUAGAUUACAAACUUGGAAAAAAAAA